GUAUACACAUCAAGCAAUCAGUAUUAUGCUCGCCUUACCACAGGCAUACUUAUUCAGACCGGUCACCCAGCGUCGAGUGCAUAACCGCGCUGUUGCACCUCGCGCUGCUGCUGCACCUCGCGCUGCUACCGCCAUGCACCCUACGGAGGGCAAGGUGUUCGUGCUGCUCGUCAGCGGCAAGGUGAAGGAGGGUCAGGGGCCUACCUUGGCCUCCUGCUUCCAGAAGCUGGCCACCUAUGUGGAGGCCAACGAGCCGGGCUGCCUGAGCUACCAGCUCAGCUUCUCGGACAAAGAUCCGGAUGCCUUCAUCAUAUUCGAGCGCUACACCACCGCCCAGUACCUGGAGGACACACACUGGAAGUCGGAGCCGUUCGCGCAGUUCCGCAAGGACCUUGAGGCUGCCGGCGUGGAGUGGGUGGAGAAGAGCGUGACGCGCUUCUAUGAGAACGGGCCAGGAUACAUGGCAAAGUGAGCUCGUAGCUGUUGGUGGAGCACGUGCAGGCUCGUGGGAUUGCGGGUCUGGCACGGAGGGGCACGGAGGAUCGAAGGCAUCUGCGGCGAUGCACCUGGCCUGGACUACAGUGACGAUGCUGCUGGAGCAUGUUCUGGAGAACCCAACACAUUGUGGGUGAGGGUGACCGGCAGUAUGCGGCUUGGCACGCAGAGAGGAGCGAGCCUGAGCGGGGUAGAUAGGGCUGAAGUACAUUUCGCUCAGACAUGUACUGUACGUGUGGCCAUGUGGUGGCGUUAGACUACCGUAUGAGCUGGCAUUCGCGGCCUGUGACAUUAUGCGGGGCUGAUGAUGCGGACAAUGAAAAAUGCAUAUCCCAACCCGCAUCUGUGGGCUUGCGGGUCACUCGAGGCUGCGAUGGAGUGGACGACGCAAGUGAGCGACUGACACGAAUCCGCCAAUCCACUAGAGGUCUCAGUGAACUCGCUGGAUAUAAUAAACAAUAGAGAACAUCAGCUGGAG